AGAUGUCUAGCUAACGUUAGAUUGUUACCGAUGCCAGUUGGAUAGGUAUGUUGUUGACAGUUGCUAGUUAACUCUAACCUACUUGCCCAAGCAUCCGCUAGCUAGCUAGAUGUGCCAUAUGGUCGAGCUGUAACGCUAAUCAUUGAUUAGUGUGGUCAGUGUGAUCACAAGUGGAUUAACCGACGUCUGUUGCCAUAAGCUAUGGAAGCCCAUUUCGGCCAAUGCUAUAACACAGAUCCUGAGCCUUCAGUCAAAGGCAGACAUACUGAAGCAGAAGUGAAAGAACUGCCCAUCAGCGGCCAACCCCACCCCUUGGCUUGAUGCACUGUGAGAGAGAAGUGAGAGCACCAGAAAAACUGUAGCCAUGGAGGACACUCAGCCCAAGCCUGCUACCCCGGGGCCCAGCCGUGCACCCAGUCCGGCACCUAGUCCAGCACCCAGUCCACUGCUGGACAUCAUUUCUUUUCCUGCAGCAAACCAUGUGGAGCACCUAAAUGUAAACCAGAUCCAGUUUGUGGUACGGCGCAGCUCUAGUCCACAUGCCACAGAAGAGACCACCUAUUUUAUUCCUCGAAACCCUGUGGUGGAUGCUGGCACUAACACAGACCCACCAGUGGUCUGCUGCCCCUUGCUCCACAGAUUCUGCCCUUGUCCACCAAGAGGCCUUCUGGCCUCUCUCAUUACUAAAGUCCUUCUGGCAGCUGUGCUCUUUGGAGUGGUGUGGUCUAUCACCGAGGAUCAGUGUCUUCCAGGGGGUAACCUGUUUGGCAUCACGAUCCUCUUCAUCUGUGCACUCAUCGGUGGCAAAGCAGUGGCUCUCAUCCAUCUUCCCAAACUUCCACCGUUCCCACCUCUCCUUGGUAUGCUGCUGAUGGGGUUCACGCUGAGAAACAUCCCAGUUAUAACAGACGGGGUGUACGUUGACUUCAAAUGGUCUGCAUCACUGAGGAACAUCGCUCUGGCCAUCAUUCUGGCCAGAGCUGGUCUUGGGUUGGACCCGACGGCUCUGAGGAGACUGAAAUCUGUGUGCAUACGUGUGGCCGCUGGGCCCUGCAUUAUAGAGGCUUGCACCACAGCUGUGGUGUCGCACUUCCUAAUGGGCUUGCCCUGGGUUUGGGGCUUCAUCCUUGGCUUCGUGCUGGGCGCUGUGUCUCCAGCAGUGGUGGUUCCCUCCAUGCUGAUGCUGCAGAAGGAUGGUUACGGCGUGGAGCAGGGCAUCCCUACCCUGCUGAUGGCUGCAGGCAGCUUUGACGACAUUCUUGCCAUCACGGGGUUCACCACAUGCUUGGGCAUGGCGUUUGCCACAGGAUCCACUUGGUGGAACCUCCUGCGAGGUGUGAUGGAGGUGUGUGGAGGGAUGGUUGCUGGGAUUCUUCUAGGCUUCCUCAUCCAGUACUUUCCUAGUGUUGACCAGAAACAUUUAGUAAUUAAGCGAUCCUUCUUGGUGCUGGGUCUGUCUGUCUUUGCCGUGUUCGGCAGCGGUGUGGCUGGGUUUCCUGGCUCUGGAGGCCUCUGCACCCUGGUGUUGGCAUUCCUGGCUGGCCUCGGCUGGGGGUCAGAAAAGGCACGUGUGGAGGAAGUGGUGGGGUGGGCGUGGGACGUGUUUCAGCCUCUACUCUUUGGACUAAUAGGGGCAGAAAUUCGAAUCUCUGAGCUGAAGGGACUCACAGUUGGUCUGGGUACAGCCACUCUGCUCAUUGCCCUGCUGGUUCGAAUCCUGUUCACCUUUGUCUGUGUGUUGUGUGCGGGCUUUAACAUGAAGGAAAAAGUGUUCAUAGCCCUAGCAUGGAUGCCCAAAGCUACAGUACAGGCAGCUAUAGGCUCAACAGCUUUAGACAUGGCCAGGACAAAGGAGGACAAGGUGCUGCAGCAGUACGGCAUGGAUGUGCUGACGGUGGGUGUGCUGUCCAUCCUUCUCACAGCCCCGGUAGGAGCUCUUCUCAUAGGGCUCGCCGGACCUUACCUGCUACAAAAACCAAAGAACUCUGCCUGUGGCUCUGCUGCAGGAGGUGAAGAUGAAAAUGAAACUCCUGUCACCUAUGAGAGCACACUCUGACAUCACCUGUCUUCAUCCAGUAAGCAAGGACGUUUGAAGAGACUUCCCGGGUGCUUUAACACACCUUGGAUAUUUGAGAUCUCCUUUAGCCACAGAGUGGCUCUUAUUUGUCUCUCUAUCUGCUGGUCAGUUCCUGAUGUUUGCCAUGCUGCAGGAACACAUGAAUCACUCUGUUUUCAUAGCCUCUGGUGGUUUCCAGGCCUCAGGCUCCAAACAAAUGACCCACAUCCCAGCGGCUGUGUCAUGCUGUAUGACAGUCAACAAAAUGGGGUCUUGUUUCUGGUAAAAGUUAAUUUUUAAUCAGCUUUUUUAGUGUGAGACAUGAAUAUGGUUUACAGUUUUGUAAAUGUGGAUAUUUUUUAUCCCUGUCAUAUUCACUUGAAUUUGCCCAUUUUUAUGACUAAAUAUCAGUAAAUUAUUUAUUGUAUUUGUACUUGGAUAUGCUGUAUUUUUUUUUUUAGAAGAUUCCUUUUGAAGGGUUGCAUAAUUGAAUGCACUGAGUAGCAAUAUUUGUAUUGUUUUAAUUUAGACACACAAUUGACACACAUUUAAAGGGGAACACCAUCUAAAUGAAUUGAAAUGAAUUCCAAUAAGUAAUUUCAAUGGCCUAUAAAGUUCAAUCAAUAUUUGUGAGCUACAUUCUUUUAAAGCCAGAAACCAGAGAAGUAAGUCUCAAACUCAUCAAGUACAAAGUGUGAAGUUGCUCCAUAGACAAUGAAUUUGAGACACAAUGUUGUUCUUUUUUUUAUACUCAAAUGACCUUUAUUCUAUUGUGGUGUUCUCAUUUACUAAGAGCAUUCCCCUGGGUGCUCUGUGUCAUCUAUAACAUAUUUUCCAAUUCAUUGCCUAUGGAGCAGUUCCACACUUUAUAAUUGAAGACAUCACAAAUUUGAGAAAAUAGGCGUAGUUCCCCUUUACGUCUAGGUGUUCUGCACACAGUGCAACAUCUUUACAGUUUAGUGUAUUUUUGCAUGUUUAAAAAAAAAUUGUAUUAGCUGUGUAUUGGUAAUGAAAAGAAUUUGCGUAGUUGACAAAUACUCAGG